UGGAGUCAUCAUAAACAACCAAUAGCUGACGGAUGUUCGGAUUCAGGCCGUGGCGGAAAGCGGUAAUCAGGGCCGACUCGUUCCAGCCACAGGAUGCCGCCAGGGUGCGAAACUGGAGUGCAUACGUGCUGACAGAGGAGUUUCCUUGACGGAGAUUGUAAAGCUGAUCAUGGACUGAGAGAUCUGAAACUGCCUGGCCAAAGACUUCCUUAAAAUGAGAUAUGAAACCUGACAGGGACUUUAACACUGGGGAAUCUGAAUUCCAAAGGGAUUGUGCCCACUGGAGAGCUCUGCCAGAGAGUAGGGAAAUAAUAAAGGCCACCCGGGCGGAAUCGUCGGUAAACUGAUGUGCUUGCAUUUGGAAAUAUAGUGAAACCUGAAGCAAAAAACCACUGCAAUCCUCCGCCUCACCACUGAACGGCGCUGGUCGGGCCAUGGGACUCGCAGAGGCAGCCGGCGAAGUAGCGGGUGUUUGCGGAAGUUGGUGUCGGCGUGCAGAGUGAAGGAUGGCUUCGGGGAUGGCGGAAGGGUUGUCCGGUAAAGAUGAGCGGAUUGACUGGCACACUGCUCGCACUAGUUCGGCAAACGGGUCUUGAGAUGGAUUCCCUCCAGGCUCCGUAGGAUUCUGCAUCUUUGGUCUGAUCUUCUGUCACGGACGAGACAGGAGGCAGACAGGAUGGUCAGUUUGAGAGUUUUAUUUGCAGAAUGCUCCGAACCAGACGGGAAUAUCAGAAUGAGAGCGAGUAUGGACCAAUAUCGAUUUACUGAACGAUCUCUAAUCACAGGAAGUGGAAGUGGGAUCACCGAAGGAGGACUGAAGGCAGAAGAAGACGGACCAAUCUUUGAGGGUUCUCAGAAGAUUCGCGGAUUCUCAGGUUCCACUGAAAACAUAAAAGCAAAUGUGUUUGGAACAGUAUAAGGCUUUUUGCUGUUUUAGCAUUUGCAACAUGUGGGGGAUAUUCUGGCCAGAUAAUGGUUAAAGUAGAAUGUUUGAACAAAACCCAAAGCAACAUCAGCAUCAGCUUCAAUUACCCAUUCCGACUCCAACAGGUACACUUCAGUGCUCCUCUGUGUGAAGGAACCAGGAAAGAGACUCUCUUUCUCGAGGGGGAUAAUGCUUCAUCUGCACAGUUCUUCGUCACUGUGUCGGUCCUGGCUUUUCUCUAUUCCCUUUUGGCCACAGUUGUUUACUUCUUCUACCAGAACAAAUACAGAGAGAAGAACAGAGGUCCAGUAGUUGAUUUCUUGGUGACUUUAGUGUUCUCUAGCCUGUGGCUGGUAAGCUCGAUUGCCUGGGCUAAAACUCUGUCUGGGGUGAAGACAGCCACUGAUGUGCAUCAAAUCCUACUGUCAAUGUCUGCUUGCAGAGCCCAUGAGAACUUAUGUGAGGUCUUGCAGGAGCCCAUCUGGACGAAUCUCAACAUGUCUGUGGCCUUUGGUUUUUUGAACUUCUUCCUUUGGGCUGGUAAUAUCUGGUUUGCCUACAAAGAGACAGGUUUGCAUAAGUCCACUAAGCGUCAUCCUUCCAGAACUCCCUCUGAGAAACGCGACAGCUUCAGGCAGUACAGUCAAACCAGUUUUGAUCAAUCUGUAGCUGGUUUUGGCCAGAGGCUCUAUAAUCAAGGGAGUUUUGACUUGUCAAGCGGAGGCUUCAGCCUACCCCAAACCAAUCUAGGACAGCCGAUGCUUUACCGACAAGUGGGGAGUCCCACAUCCAGAGGCCCUCUCAUAUUUGUUAAUGAGAUGUGAGAGAGAGUGUGUGUGUGUGGAGCACAGAAAGAAAAGAGAAGAGAAACACUGUUGUUUUCUCAGACAUAAUACAGAUAAUUUGCCUUUGUGAAUGUGAUAUUUCUAUCGUGAUGUAGAAGUUGUGACAUUUUUGUAGAUAUCAGCCUGCAUACUAAAUAAUUAAGUGCCAUUGAAUUGAAAGCUCUGCCUUGUUAAAGUUUGCCUAUUUAUAAAUAAAUAUAUAUAUAUAUAUAUAUAUACACACACACAAACAUAUAGACAUAUAUACACAUAUGCAUAUGAACAAAUUAAUUUACCAUGUCAGGUAUGGUUCUGUGAUAUUUUUGAUGGCAUUUAGCAUAGUACGCCUAUAUUCUAAUGGUCUGUUUUAUGUUUAAAUAUUCAAUUUACAAAAUGUGCAGUAACAGUACCAUGGUAAACACAUUGAAUGGCAAGACUAUGGUAUUUAGAAAUGCCAUUUAUUUUUAGCUUUCCCAAGGUAUUUUAAAGGAUAGUGUCAAACAAGAUAUGGUGUUCUUUUUGUUAUGUUUUCUAUGUUUUUUUUUUUUUUUAUGUUCUGCAAUGAAUAAUGAUUAAUUGCCAGUAGAUGCCUAGGAAAACCAAAUGGCUCGAGUCAGAGAAUGGCAUGGAAACCCUGUGGACUGAGGAUGAUGUCCAGUCGGAGAUCUUUUUAAUGAAUCAUUUUGUCUAACCAUACAUGGUGUUCAGAAAAAUCCA